CUCGCCUGAAUCAAUCUCUACUGCAAAUCAAUCGCAAUGGCUCGUAACGAAGAGAAAGCGCAGUCGAUGCUCAAUCGGUUCAUUGCCCUCAAGGCCGAAGAGAAGAAGAAGCCAAAAGAGCGACGCCCUUACCUCGCCUCCGAGUGCCGCGACCUCGCCGAGGCCUCCAGAUGGCGGCAGCAAAUCAUGGGGGAGAUCGGCCGGAAAGUCGCCGAGAUCCAGAACGAAGCCCUCGGGGAUCACCGGACCCGCGACCUCAACGACGAGAUCAACAAGCUGAUUCGAGAGAAGGUACAUUGGAAGCGGCGGAUUGUGGAGCUCGGAGGCCCAAAUUAUGCCAAAAACGCCCCUAAGAUGACCGACCUCGACGGUAAUGUUGAGAUUUUCAUUGUGCCGUACAUACAAACUAAAAUGGCUUAAAUGUGAAAAUCAUUCGGCAGCACAACUAAAAAAUUGGUGGAAAAAUGAAUAGGCACAACAUCCACUGAUGAUUACUCAACAGAAAAGAAAGGCACAAAAUCCACUGAUGAUUAUUGAAAAAACUCAAACAACAAAGUCAUCACCCCGAUCCAAACAUAUUCCCGAUCAGGAACCCAGCAUCUACACCCUGCGCCAUGAGAUUCUGCACAACUUGCUGCGGCGGAUCCACAUUCCCACUCAUCUCCCCGAUCAAGAAUCCACCCAGCAACCCAGCUCCCACACCCAGCGCCAUGUUCCCUCAUCCGCCCCUCUUAGGCUUCUGCGCCUGCACAACUUGCACAACUUGCUGCAGCUGCAAAACUUGCACAACUUGCUGCCGCGGCACAACUUGCUGCCGCUGCACAACUUGCUGCCGCUGCACAACUUGCUGCCGCUGCACAACUUGCUGCCUCUGCACAACUUGCUGCCUCUGCACAACU